AACAUGCAGGCAGCGAACGUUCAAAGCAGCUGUUACGUGAUGAAAAUAAUCGAUAAUUUGCAUUGACUUCGAUUUUUAUCGAUUCUAGAAAAAGCUGCGCACCGAUAAAUUCGAUUCACAAUAUAAUUCAAAGUUAUUAGGAGCUUGAAAAAAUUUUAUACUGCAAUUAUUGAAUUUGCGUUUAAAAAGAGAAAACAGUAGAUGGGUAUUAGGAUUUCAUUCUGUUAAGUUAUUGCAUUACGUACUGAGAAGGAUUUGCCGAAAAAUUACAUAUUCUUCUUAAUAAUUUCGACAUUUAACACCAGCGCUAUCAUUUUUGUAUGCAUGUACAAUUUUGAAACACUCUAUGGUUAAUUGACUUUGUCGAUUGUUUGCCGCUUAUGAGAAUACUAACUAGAGUUUUUUAUAACUGUCGAGCUGAAGUUGGUGCUGUUUGCUGAAAUUUGGAUAAUAUCUUGGAAAUUGGAAAAUUUGUAUAAUGUCAUACCUAUGUUUGCUGCAGGAAGGCAAUGCUAAUUUGCAGCUAUUCAUCAAAAAAGCUAAUAUGAAUGGUUUCAGUGUAAUAGCAGUUCCUAUAAAUGCAAUGGAAAUUCCUCAAGAAUUUCGACAAGAAUCUAUGAACAAAACUGAUUUACAAUUCACUUACAGCGAUUUACUAUUAACUACUAAUGAAUGGAAUAGUAAAGUGAUAGUCAUAUUAUCUGACAGCAUUGAUUGUGAUUCUUCGGAUCCUAUUGUUAGGAAACGUUCUGAGGAAAUUCUAAAACGCGAUGUGUCGUGGGCUGGCCACUUACAAUGUAGUGGCUACACAAUGAUAAAAUUGAGACAUGUACAAGUGCCCUUAUACAAUGCGGCAGUAGCCCAAGCAUUGUGGCGUCGCGAUCUAAGUGAAGAAAAUGUAUUGGAUUUGAAUCGACAAGAUGCUUGGCAGUGGUGGAAUCGUUUUCGUUGUGCUGCCGAUUUUGAUAUUAAAUUGAGGGUAGUACUAGAAUUUAAUGAAAUUGAAGAACCUAAUUUGGAUAUCGUGCACCGUUGGUUGGGCGAGCCAAUCGAAGCAGUUGUUAUACCGUCGACUAUGUUCACACGGGAUUGCCAAAAUAAUCCGUCGUUAUCGGAAGCUUGGCAAAAGAUUUUAUUACAUUUUUUGCAAUUGAAUGUCAACAUUAUUUUGGCGACUGCUGCUGGUGCUAAUAAUGCUAAUUUUAAACUUCAUUCAGACUAUUUACGUAAUUUUCGAGAUGUUCAUAAGGAUGCACAGCGUUUGCAAGAUUCCGACGACAUUCUGAAGACUCAAUCGUCACCGCUAUAUGGGAAUUUCGAUUGUCGAGCACAUGAAAUAUUUGAAAAGAAAUCGAUGAAAUAUGAAUUUUAUCAGAAUGCUAUAGCUGCCGCUUUAAUCGAUCGUGUAUCCGAUCAAGAAAUUGACGAUAAACUGACCGUUAUAAUGAUUUUGGGAGCUGGAAAAGGAUCCCUGGUGCAAUCUGCUUUAAAUGCAGCCGAGUAUACAAAACGUAAAGUUCGCGUUUAUAUAAUUGAGAAAACUCAUAAUGCCAUAAGGACCUUAGCCGCUAUGACUGAAAAGUUUUGGUCUACGAAAGAUGUUCGCCUCUUCUCAAGUGAUAUGCUUGAAGGAUCUCCGCCAGAAAAGGCUGACAUUUUAGUCUCUGAAUUGUCGGGUUCUUUCAAAGAUCACGAAUUAUUCCUCGAACGUCUCGAUUACGCUCAACAUUUUCUCAAACCGGACGGCAUUAGCAUGCCCAGUCAAUCGAUCUCAUAUGUUAACCCAAUUAUGUCAUUUAAACUCUUUAAUGAUGUUCGUCAAAUCGUGCAUAAAAGGAAUUUUGCUCCCGAUAGACAGGGAGAUUAUCAUUCCCAUAGUGAAACUGGCCUCGCAGCUCCAUCAAAAGGUAUCUACAAUAUUGGUAUUCCGCAACCUCUUUUUACAUUUUUACAUCCCAGCCGUGAUGCAUUUAUCGAUAGUAGCCUUUAUAAAAUCUUGAAUUUUUCUGUGAAAAUGGAUUGCGUCUUAACUGGAGUAUGUGGCUAUUUGGAAAUUACUUUGUACGGUGAUAUUGUGAUAAGAAGUGUUAAUUCAUGUACACAUACACAUUGUUUGCCUUCUUGGCUUCAUACAUACUUUCCCCUGACGAAUCCGUUAGAAAUGAAAAGAGGACAAAUAAUUGAAAUGCAUUUCUGGCGCCGCGCUACCAAAACGAAGAUAUGGCAUGAAUGGUGCUUGGCUUCUCCGUUCACCACCCGUAUCUAUAAGUCCGCUAAUAAUUCUUAUUCUAUUUGUUGCACUUAAGCUAUAAACUUUUUUAUAAUAUAAGAAGCGUGUAAGCUACCUCAGUUUAUUUAGGUAAACGUUGAUGCAUAACUUUUAAAACUACCGGCGCAAAUGCAUUAAUUGCACUACUUGCCUUAUAUAGGAACGAUGUGAUUUUUAAAAAUUUGCUAAAUAUAAAGUUGCAAAAUUGAAUGGAAUUUCGGAUUACGUCAAUGUAAUCUUUUUACAUCAUUUUAUAUAUAUUAAUAUUUAAUUAACAUUUUUAAGUCAUUUUACUGUUAAAUGAUUAUGGAUUUAUGUCCUUUACUUUUUAACUAUUCACAUUUCAUAUACAUACAUAUGUAUAUAUAUUUGGUCGGUAAUAAAAAU